AUCAGGAGCGGUCCUUCGCAGUAGUCAAACGUCUCGAGGAUUACAAACCCCUUAAAGGAGCAGGGACGGGAGUCGUUUCCUCUCGCGGUUGUGACAUUCCGAUUGUAGCUGUUGUGGAACAAUGGAUUAUUUCCUCGAUUAAAGAAACAUCAGACGACUUCAAUCGGCACCAGGAAUUGGAUAAAAAAAAGGGCGAAUUGGGGGAGUUUGUGAUGUAAAUGCCCCCCGGGCCGUUCCCUCCAAUCUCAUCGCCCCCCCCCCCCCCCCGUCCCCCCCGCGACACGGAACAGCCGCGCGGAACGCUGCGAUCUGAUUGGCCGGAGGCACCAGGAGCUGUGGACGAGACCCCGCCUUCCCUUUACAGGACCACUGACUGAAUCUGACCUCUUCUGUGGGGGUCCAACCCCCCCUCCCCCACAAACCCGACUGCUACCACCUCAGCUCCACCCUACAGCCACGCCCAUCCCCCACCGCCCUAUGAGACUCAGAGGGAAUCUGAGAGCAGCUGUCUGAUUGGACAACGUCACCUUCCAUCACAUCUGACAGACUUGUACAACAGCUGUCUCCGACGAUGUCCUCCUGAAGUCCAGACGAGGACAUCUUUUACUGCCCCCGCCCUUCCCCAUCGCCCUGCCCCCUGCCCCUGGCCCCGCCCCCAUCGGUUACCAUGACGACCGCCUCCAGCAUGCAGCCGCUCCUGCUGCUCAGUAUGCUCCUGGCCUCCUGCCUGCUGUCCAGCUGUUCCGUGGCCACGCCCUUUCCCAAGGACCUGGAGCCCAUCAAUGUCGUCACCAGGCAACGGUCCCGCCAGUACCCCGGGUUCCAGGGCCUCACCUCGGACAACGACACUGUGCGGCUGGGCCUGGACUUCCAGCGGAUGCUGCGGGUUAAUCACGUGCUCUACAUCGCCGCCAGGGACCACGUGUUCGCUGUCAAUCUCAGUGCCUCGACAGAGAGGAUCGUUCCACAGCAGAAGCUGACAUGGAAGACGAAAGACGUGGAGAAGUGCAUGGUGCGGGGGAAGAACAGCGAUGAGUGCUACAACUACAUCAAGGUCCUGGUGCCUCGAAACGACGAGACUCUCUUCGCCUGCGGGACCAACGCCUUCAACCCCACCUGCCGAAACUACAAGAUGUCCACUCUGGAGCAGGAGGGGGAGGAGGUGGUGGGCCAGGCACGCUGUCCCUUCGAGUCCCAUCAGUCCAACGUGGGUCUCUUCGCUGGGGGCGAUUUCUACUCGGCCACCAUGACGGACUUCCUGGCGAGCGACGCGGUGAUCUACCGCAGCCUGGGCGAGGGCGGCCCCGUCCUGCGCACCGUCAAGUACGACUCCAAGUGGCUCCGGGAGCCUCGCUUCCUGCACGCGAUAGAGUACGGGAACUACGUCUACUUCUUCCUGAGCGAGAUCGCGGUGGAGUACACCACCCUCGGCAAGGUGGUGUUCUCGCGGGUGGCGCGCGUGUGUAAGAACGAUAACGGCGGCUCGCCGCGGGUCCUGGAGCGCUACUGGACCUCCUUCCUGAAGGCGCGGCUCAACUGCUCCGUCCCCGGCGACUCCUUCUUCUACUUCGACGUGCUGCAGUCGCUGACCAACGUGCUGCAGCUCAACGGCAGGCCCGCCGUCGUGGGCGUGUUCACCACGCAGGCCAACAGCAUCACCGGCUCGGCCGUUUGCGCCUUCUACAUGGACGACAUCGAGGGGGUCUUCAACGGAAAGUUCAAGGAGCAGAGGAGCAGCGAGUCGGCCUGGACGCCGGUGCCCGAAGACCAGGUCCCCAAGCCCAGACCGGGGACCUGCGCGGGAGAUGGUCCCGCCUCCUCCUACAAGUCGUCCACCACCUUCCCCGACGACAUGCUGGGCUUCAUCAAGUCCUACCCGCUGAUGGACGAGGCCGUUCCCUCCAUCGGCGACCAGCCCUGCUUCACCCGCACCACCAGCAGGUUCAAGCUGACUCAAAUCGCCGUGGAUACCUCUGCUGGGCCAUAUAGGAACCACACAGUUCUGUUCCUGGGCUCUGAAGACGGCAACGUGCUGAAGGUUCUGGCCAACAACCACCCCAAUGCCACCUUCAGCUCCCUGCUGCUGGAGGACAUUGAUGUCUACAACCCCUCCAAGUGUAACGUUAACGGAGAAGACAAGAGGAUUUUGGGAUUGGAGCUGGACAAAGAGAAUCACGCCCUGUUUGUGGCCUUCUCCGGCUGCGUCAUCCGCGUCCCCCUCAGCCGCUGCGCGGACUACGGCGCCUGCAAGGAGUCUUGCCUUUCCUCCCGUGAUCCGUACUGCAUAUGGCUGAAGACGGGCAGCUGUGCGACCAGCGCACCCGGGUUCAAGGCCGGGUUCGAGCAGGCCGUUGAGAGCAGCCAGGCGGAGUACCCCGACAGCUGUCACGAUGUCCUGGCAACCACCAGGAAACAAAAUACAGCUGCCGAUUCUGCCUACGGUGUCCGUCGGCCGCUGGACCCGGACAAGUCCGGCUACAACGUGCACUACACCCUGCUGAUCGCCUGCGUGCUGGUGGCCUUCGUCCUGGGCGCCUUCCUCUCCGGCUUCCUGGUGUCCUGCUACUGCAGCCGGGGCAGCCACCGGGCCAAGCGGCUGGGCAAGGAUGCGGAGGCGCCGCUGCCCCACGCCCUGUCGCUGCGCAGCCUGGCCAAGCUCAACGGCCUGCUGGACCCGCAGGCCAAGGAGGACAAGCUGGAGGUGUCGCCUCCCCCGGGGCUCUACAACUCCUUCAUCCCCAACGGGAAGGAGCUGCCCCACGGCGGGAAGUGCCUGUCCGGGCACGGGGACGACGACCAUCACCACGGCAGCCACCACCACCACCUGUUCCACCACGGCGACCCUCACCACGGCAACCACCACCACCCGCACCACCACGGCGACGGUCACCACGGCAGCCACCACCACGGCGACCUCCACCAGGACUCCCACAACAACUCGGAGGAGCUGUCGGGCCUGCCCACCCCGGAGUCCACCCCCGAGCUGCCGAUCAAAAACAUGAAGGCCUUCCGGAACCAGUGGGAGAGGAACCAGAACUGCAACAACGGCAAGGACUCCAAGCCCGCCGCCACGCCCUCCUCCAACGCCGGCGUGUCCCGGGCCGGCUCCACGGUGUCCCAGCAGGUCUACCCGUUCCCCUCGCACAGCCUGACCAACGGGCAGCUGCUCUGCGGCGGGGGCAGGGCCUUCCACUCUGAGGAGCGCGCCCACAAGGUCCCGAACGCAGAGCGGGCGCCCUACCAGGGCUACCCGCACACCGUGGUGGACGUCUCCGCCCUGGACGAGCUGCUCCGGCACAUCCAGCUGGCCAACGCCGGCGGCAGCGGCAAGGACCUGGCGGUGCUGACCUCCUCCUCCUCCUCUUCCUCGGGGCUGCUGCCCUGCUCGGGGACGCCCGCCUACUCCGCCCGCGGCCAGCCGCAGAUCCCCGACACCGAGUCGGCCCCGUACUACAGCUCCUCCACCCUCCCCCGCGACAGCCUCACCCGCCGCAUGGACGUGCCCCCCGAGGCGCCGCCCCCGCCCCAGUCCACCCUGGAGAGGGCGCCCCGCCACGGCCCCCAGAAGCACGCCCUGGUCAGCGCCUCCAAAAUGUCCAACGGGGGCGUCCUGCUGCCCCGCCAGCACAGCUUCGGGCACCCCCACCCCCACCACCACCACCACCACCGGGCCGCGGGACCGCCCCACCAGACGGGACCCUUGCUGGGGCGCGGGAACCCUUCGGGGCUCCCCCCCGGCGACGGGCCGCUCCACCCGCUCAUCCCCAACGGCUACCUGACCCGCCAGCACAGCUGCAGCGAUCAGAACCCCGCCCAGCGGGUCGCCCUCGUCCGCCGCAGCGCCUCCCUCAAGCCGGACGUCCCGCCCAAACCCCUCUUCCUCCCCGCCACCUCUCCCGUCAGCUCCCAGGGCAAGUACAACUACUGAGGGGGGAGGGGUACAGGGGGAUCAAGCCCCCGCCCAGCCCCCUAGUUCUUACCUCUUCAUCCUCCACCCUAAAGGGCAUAAAGGGGUCAGACCGGCUGGGGAAGAGGACUGCCAAGCUUGCUGUAUUCCAGUUUCUUUCCCCAAAUGCGAAUGCUUCUGUACCACAUUGGUAUUGCAUAGCCAGCCCUUGUCUCUUUGUGGACCUGGGAGGGGAGU